AUGGAUAUGACAGGAGAUCAAGCCUCGAAUUGGGAAUUCUUCAAAGACAGCUGGAAGAAUUAUGCUGCUGCUACCAAACUGGAUCAGAAAGACAAGAAAAUAGUCGUAGCCACGUUAUUAUCGAUCAUGGGUAAAGAAUUCCUUAAUGUCUGCAGAAAUCUCCCUAUGACCGUAGAAGAAAGACAAGAUGCUAAUGUUAUCCUUACAAAGCUUGACGAAUAUUUUGUGCCUAAACGAAAUACGAUUUAUGAACGGUAUGUAUUCAGCUGUCGUUCUCAGAAACAUGGUAAAAGCUUUGAUCAGUUCUUGACUGAACUUCGCAAAUUUGCCGCUACGUGCCAGUUCGGUACAUUUGAAGAUGAAAUGCUUCGUGACCGUAUCGUCACUGGUUUGCGAGAUCACGGACACCGUGAACGUGUCCUACGGGAAACUACGCUUACUCUUCAAAAAGCCAUCGAUAUUUGUCGUACAAAUGAAAUGGCAGCAAAUCAACGACUCAAAAUGAAACAAACUGACACUGUUCAUCUCCUUCACGGGAACGAAACUCGCGCUCACCACGCGGAUCCACGCAAGAAUCCUCGCAAGAUCAAAAACUGCAAAUAUUGCGUAGACUCCCACGCGGCUGGAAAGUGCCCAGCCUUUGGCAAAACAUGCACUAAAUGUAACAAAAAAAAUCACCUUGCAAAAGUCUGUCGCUCCACCCCCUAA